AUGUUCAUCAUCCCCCCUCUUAUCUACAAGAUUACCAUCACUCUUUCACAUCAACUUCUACCAAUCUUCAUCAAGAUUUCUGAGUCAUCUACUAUAGCUCUUCUUGUGUAUGUAGACCAUAUUGUUCUUGCUAGCAACAACGUUGCAGAAAUUGAAACUAUUACAAGCCUCCUUGAUCAUGCCUUUAAGAUAAUGAAUCUUGGUUAUCUCAGAUAUUUUUUGGGCCUUGAAGUUGCCCGAAACAACUCUGAAAUUCGUCUCUCUCAACACAAGUACACUCUUGACAUUUUGACAGAUUGUGGUAUGUUAACAUCUCUCCCUGUUGCCAUGCCAAUGGAUUACACUGCUCGACUUUCCACUUCAUCUGGCACACCACUUCCUGAUUCUUCCUCCUAUCGUCUGCUUCUUGGACGCUUAAUCUAUCUCACUACCACUCGCCCCGAUAUCUCCUAUGUUGUGCAUCAUCUCAGCCAAUUUAUGUUAGCUCCUGCACAUUCUCAAGCAACCUUUCGCAUUUUACGAUAUCUGAAGCAAGCUCCUGGUUUAGGCCUAUUUUUCGCAGCUAAUAGUUCUCUCUAA